AUGAGCAUCGCCGGCGGCGUUGCCCUGCUGCUUCUUGUGUUUCACUUCACUCAUCAGACCGAAUGCGCCUUAUUUUUCACAUUUUCAUGUUGGAACCCGAGCCAGGAUAGGAAUCCAGAAGAUUUUGGUCUCAGAGGCAAGAUUCUAGAAUUUCCAAUUCGAAAAAAUACUGAAAACAGGGCCUACAAGAGUUCGGCGACAGCAUCACUACAAGCAUCAUUCAGUACCUUCUUCGCUCAACUGCACUUCCUACACGUACCAUACUUGCCCAAAAGGUAUGGUUAAAUGCAUGUUGAAGAACCCGGCCGGUUUUAUAUUGGCUAGUUUUUCGAGUUUUCAGCUUUUUAAACUUUUUUUUCGAAAUUGCAAAGAUUUUGACGAUUUCAGAGGACAUGUAUCUCUUUAUAAUGUGAACUGUUUUGAAGUCUAAAUUUUAAAAGCAUGGUCAAUAUUUUUUGUCUUGAACACAAAACCUGAGUUCGAGGCGGCAAGUGAACGACUAAAAUUGUAAAUUACAUGUAGUUUCUACUAUUAGUUGCGAGAAGCGCGUUUGAUGACGCCAAACUUCGAAGGAUCAUUGAAAUUCCAGAUCGAGGCUGUCAAAGCGUUAUACGACGGAAAGGAGGGGAAGUUCUAUACAAAAGAUGCGAAUUCCUAUCAAAAGCUGCUCUCAAUUUGUGA